CUCUUUCUGCUUCACAAUCAUGGAUAUCAACGAUCUAGACGACGAUGAGGAGUUUGGAUUCUCCAGGAAUUACUUCCUGGCUAAAGAAAUGCGCGGAUCUGGGAAGAAAAAAUCUGCCCAAAAAUUAUCUGACAUUGAUGUAGUUGAUGAGCAGGAACUGAGAGUUGCAGUUUCUAAUAUUGAGACUAAACAUGAGAAAGAGAUUGAUAAGUUGCUAAUUAGUUACAAAAGCUUAUACCCAAAAUGGGUUUUUGAAUUGAGGUGUGGCUUUGGUCUUUUGAUGUAUGGGUUUGGAUCUAUGAAGGCUUUGCUUGAAGAUUUUGCUUCUACAGAGUUGACAGAUUGUGGUGUAAUCAUUAUCAACGGCUAUCUUCAGUCAGUCACUGUUAAAAAUGUUGUGUCCACCCUAGCUGAAAUUCUCUGGGAACAGCUAAAGACCAGACGUAGGUUUUCUGCGGGGAGCACAUCUAAAGUUCAACAACCUUCCAGUUCGCAAUCCAUGGAAGAUCUUCUUGCAUUUUUAGACAGUUCCAAUGCAAAGGAAAAUGACUGCUUUGUCUGCAUUGUUAUACACAAUAUUGAUGGACCUGGGUUGCGAGACAAUGAAUCACAACAGUAUCUUGCACGACUUGCAAGCUGUUCCAAUGUUCGUGUGGUUGCAUCUAUAGAUCAUGUUAAUACAGCACUGUUAUGGGACAAGAAAAUGGUCCAUACACAGUUCAACUGGUGCUGGUAUCAUGUCCCGACCUUUGCACCAUACAAAAUUGAAGGGGUGUUUUUCCCCUUGAUUCUUGCCUGCAGCGGAACAGCCCAAAAUGCUAAAACGGCUGCAAUUGUACUUCAGAGUUUGACACCAAAUGCGCAGAGUGUGUUCAAGGUUCUUGCUCAACAUCAACUGGCCCAUUCCGAUGAAGAAGGAAUGCCAAUAAACAACUUGUAUGCAACCUGCCGUGAACGUUUUCUAGUUAGCAGCCAAAUGACGCUGAAUUCCCACUUGACGGAGUUUAAAGAUCAUGAGUUGAUUAAGACUAGAAGACACUCCGAUGGGCAGGAUUGUGUUUACAUUCCUUUUACAUCUGAAGCAAUUACGAAGCUGUUAGAGGAGAUUGGCUGAAUUUGUUAUCUGUGAGUACAUUUUACACAACAAUAUAAUCAGGUUCUUCAAGGAACUAGUACUUAAUUUGUUUUGUUCUUUGUUUUCAAAACAUGGAAAGUGAUGACCUGCCUCAUAAUGUACACUUGAACAAAGUACAAUCUGAUAGACUAGUGUUUGUCAA